GCUCGGGGCUGCGCCCCUGUGGGCCGGGCGCGCGGGCCCGGGGCGCAGAAGGACGAUGGAGCUGCAGCCGCGGGAGCAUCUCUACAAGCUGCUGGUGAUCGGGGACCUGGGCGUGGGCAAGACCAGCAUCAUCCAGCGCUAUGUGCACCAGAACUUCUCCUCCCACUACCGGGCCACCAUCGGCGUGGACUUCGCCCUGAAGGUGCUGCAGUGGGACCCGGAGACCGUCGUGCGCCUGCAGCUCUGGGACAUCGCGGGCCAAGAAAGAUUUGGAAAUAUGACAAGGGUCUAUUACCGAGAAGCCAUGGGAGCAUUUAUAGUCUUCGAUGUCACCAGACCAGCCACUUUUGAGGCAGUGACAAAGUGGAAAAGUGACUUGGACUCCAAAUUAACUCUCCCUAAUGGCAAGCCUGUGUCAGCAGUUCUCUUAGCCAACAAGUGCGACCAGGGGAAAGAUGUACUCCUCAACAAUGGACUCAAGAUGGACCAGUUUUGCAAGGAAAAUGGCUUUGUGGGAUGGUUUGAAACAUCAGCAAAGGAAAAUAUAAACAUCGACGAAGCCUCCAGAUGCCUGGUGAAGCAUAUACUUGCCAAUGAGAGUCAUCUGACACAGUCCGUGGAAACUGACAUCAUAAAACCGCAUCUCCCUCCCUCCAGGAUCUCCAGUUGCUCCAGCUGUUCCAAGCCCUAAGCUGGUGAAUGCUGAGAAUCUCUUGAGGCUUGCUCCAUCAGCCCAUGACUGGUUAUUUAUUGUUUCUGUUGAAUACCAGAAUAGGGAAAUAUAUGCUUUCUAAAGCAAAAAGAUUUGCCCCCUCUGUCCUGCAAGAGAGAAAAACGCUUUUCAAAAAUCACCAACUCAGUGUUUACAAGUUUUCAGAAAAUUGAGUCUUUUAUAAAAUCCUAACAUCCCCUGGUCAUAACUGUUGGAUCAAGUUAGGGGAAGGUUGGGAUCAGAACCCUCCUUGGUUCUUUUGUCUUUUAUAGGCAGGUGAGGGAAUGCAUGACAGUUGCUGAAUUGUCCCAUAAACCUUUAAAAUAGUAAUGGUGCUAUUCAGAGACAUCUUCCAUCCAAGUAGAAAUAAGGUCUUCUCUCACUUAGUUCUUGAGGAAUAUGUAUCAAAUGGGUUAUUGAAUGACAAAAAGUAUAUUGUCUGUCUUUAAGUCCUUUCCCUUACUGUCCUCAGCAGUUUGUGUUAAAAUGUUGAAAGGCAGUGUACAAACCUCCCCCUCUAAGUGCCUUUCUACCAGCUUCUAA